AUGGCGAUUGGGAGGAAUCGUACAACAAGCUUCCUUGUUGGUUAUUCGCAAUGGAGAUACGGGAACGCAAAUAUUCUGCCUAUUGCAUUUGCCGUCGUCGAGGGUGAGACAAAGGAGGAGUGGUCGUUCUUUCUGUCGUAUUUGCGGGAGCAUGUCACACCACAACACGGGCUCUUAGUGAUUUCAGACAGACACAAAUCCAUUGAUAGUGCAUUGAAUGCCGAAGGGACUUUAUGGAAACCACCUCAUGCCUUCCAAGCCUUUCGUACAAGACACAUUGCAGCCAACUUCAUGACCCACUUUAAAAACAUAGACUUGAAGAAGGUUCUAAUUAACGCAGCGUAUUCAAAGUCACAGCGUGAGUUUGCGCAUUAUUUUGGCUGGCUGCGGGGCGAAAACAUGGCAAUCACUAACUGGCUUGAGAAAAUGCAACGGUCACAGUGGGCACAGUAUGUUGAUGAGGGUCGUCGAUUUGGUCACAUGACGACGAAUAUAUCCGAGUGCAUUAAUGCUGUGAUGAAGGGGUCUCGCAAUUCGCCAAUCACAACUCUCGUCAAGUCAAGUUAUUUUCGAUUGGGUGAACUUUUUGCAAGGAAGGGUUCCGAGGCACUGACCCAACUUCAAAUCGGUGCUGAGUUCUCUCAGACGUUGGUGAAAACCAUAGAAUUCAACUCCAAGCACGUGAAUACCAUGAAUGUUUACCAGUUUGAUCGAUUGAGAACAAACUUUACGGUUGAAGAGCUAGCGGCAGUUCCUGGGUCCAGGCAACAGAAUUAUCAGGUGCUGCUUAAUGAGGGAACGUGUGACUGUGGGUAUUUCCAAGCUCUUCAUCUUCCUUGUCGUCAUGUCCUUGCAGCUUGCUCUCAUGCAAGACUUGAUUGGAAGAGUUUUAUUCAUCCUGUGUACCGCAUAGAGUCGGUCUUCAAUGUUUAUAGAUCAGAGUUUCGACCGAGGGCAUGA